AUGGUAAAAGAAAUUGAGAGAGCUGGUCGGGACUCAGGUGUGGAAAUGGCGAUGAUGAUGAUGCUGCAUGGAAUUGAGAAGCGUAUGAUUACAUGCCAGGUGGAGCGGAGUAGUGAAGGGCAUGGAAGGGAGUUAGCACUUAGCAGAACUUUGGGAGGCCACCAAAACGCCCACAAGCGUGAAAGAGCUGCCGCCCGCAGGACUUCCUUCGCCGCCUCCUCCUUUUCUUCCCGCAACCCUCCCCAAAUAUCGCCCAAUCCGCCUCCCCUCCCCUCCUCCUUGGACCUAAACCCCCCUUCUUCUAACUCGUCUUACGGCUGCUGCCGCCAACUCCACCGACACCCGCUUGAUCAUGCCUCUCCGCCACCAUUCCCUUCCUUCCCCGGGUUCGCCGCUCCUCCUCCGCCCCCUCUUGCUGCACCUGAACUUCAUCACAUUAUUCCUGCCGGCUCAUCCGCGUCGUGGACUACGAUAGUCGAUCUGGAGUGCUCCAACACUACUUCUUGUACUACUACUACUGCUACUAGUAACUUGGACCUUACCCUCCAUUUAUGA